GUUUGAGAGCUCGACAGUAACGAUUAGAACGCCGGCCGGUAAACAUUCAAAGUAGACGCGUGGUAACCUGUGUGAUUAUUCAAAAUCAGCUUCGCUUUUGCUGACGAGAUAGUGCCACAUUAAUUUUAUGACAAAAAGGACAACUAUAAAGAACGUUUAGUGAAAACCUAAUACGGGCGAGUUUGCUUUUGAUAUCGGAUUGUAAAGCAAGAACCUCAUGGAUACAAUGACAAAAAGUAACCCGUUGGUAGUUCACUACAAAAAUGCGGUGUACGACCUGAGUGAGUUUGCCCACAAGCACCCGGGUGGGUUAAACACGCUCAAAGGUUUACAUAACCAGGACAUGCAGGAGCGAUUCGAAAAAGCUCCUGGUCAUUCCGACGCUGCUAAAUAUUUAAUGAAAGAAUACAAAAUCCUUGAUAAGAAUAAUAAUACUAGCCGUGUCGAUGCAAACAACUCCGGGCAGGGUCAUAUGAAUGGAACAAUCAAUGGAGUCAGUGGAUCAAAACAUUCUAGCGAAUAUAAUGACAUUCUGUCUAAAGGCACAGACGAUAGCAUGGAGUAUCUCGUAAAUUGGAAUAAACCAAUGUUGAUGCAAAUUCCUACUCUCGGAAAACAUUACGUCGAUUGGGUUAACAAACCAGUAGACCGAGAACUUAGACUUUUCGGACCAGCAUUACUCGAAAACCUCACUAAAACACCCUGGUGGUUAGUUCCGGUCUUCUGGAUUCCGUCAAUCAUGUAUCUCAUACACAUCGGAGUUCAGGAUCAAUUAUCAAAAAAAUCAGAGGACCUCAUCAUACAAGACCACAUUUCCCCAAUGGUGAUUGCGUGCCUUUGUGUCGGAGUAUUUGUCUGGACUCUCUUAGAAUAUACACUUCACCGAUGGGUAUUUCACCUGGACCCGAAGGACAACUGGAUUCUUCACACGUUUCAUUUCCUGAUUCAUGGAUUGCAUCACAAAGUGCCUUUCGAUCCAUACCGACUAGUAUUCCCACCUGUACCUGCCAUCAUGCUAGCCUGUUUAUUUUAUCAACCUGUACGACUUUUGUUGCCCCAUCCAGUAUUAAUGCUAGCGGGAGGUCUGAUAGGAUACCUUGGAUACGACAUGAUUCAUUAUUACAUUCAUUACGGGAGUCCUAGAGGAGGUCAUUUAUACAAUAUGAAACGGUACCAUUACCAACACCACUUUGUCCAUCAUGACCUAGGCUUCGGUAUCACCAGUGCGGUGUGGGAUAAAGUGUUCGGAACAGCAAUUUUAUUACGUAAACUGAAGUAUCUGCUUAAGUGGUAAAUGUUAAAAUAUACAUUGUGAAACACUAUAAAUUAAUGAUUUCACAAGAUAAAAUAGUAGACAAACAAUUUGACAUUCACUGAAAGCUCUACACAAUUACUGCUAAUCACAGACUCUCAUAGUAACAGACUGGCGGAUACCUUUUAGGGAGCCAAACGAACCGUCAAACUUUCAUGCUCUAGCAUAGGAAUUUGACGCUUCGUUUGCCUCCCUGAGAGGUAUUCGCCAGUCUGUUACAAUGAGAGUCUGUACUGCUAAUGACAACUGAAUUAUGAAAGCUUUACUGCGAAAGCUUCAAUGUGACACUCGCCUUUGUGUAAGGUAUAUAUUAAUGUCAAGUAGGACGGUGUACAAUGUAUCAUCAAUAGGGCAGUGGUAAUAUAACGCAUGAAAUGAUUAAUAUAUCGAUAAUGUACUAUGUUAGUAUUUGGAGACUGGACGAAUUGAAUUCGAAUAAAAUCAUCUUCAAACCUGUUACCAAAAGUGUUUCGAUAUCAUUUGGUAAUUUUCAACAAGUUGUGGGCCCAGAGCUUAACUGGAGAAGCGAAGUGUAGAUUGUUGGAUAAACAAUAAUUUUGGAUCAGCGCUUCGGUUAGAAGUAGCGAGCAGCAACGUUUCGGACAGAAACGGGGUUUUACUAGCAGUGACGUUUCGGACAGAAACGGGGAUUGACCAGCAGUAACGUUUCGGACAGAAACGGGGAUUUAUUAGCAGUGACGUUUCGGACAGAAACGGGGAUUGACCAGCAGUGACGUUUCGGACAGAAACGGGGAUUGACCAGCAGUAACGUUUCGGACAGAAACGGGGAUUUAUCAGCAGUGACGUUUCGGACAGAAACGGGGACCGACGAGAAGCAAAAGUUUCGGAUAGAAACGAAGAUCUGGUUAAGAUCAAGUCAGUUUGGACGUCCGAGAGAUGGCGAAUCUGCAGCAAGAAGGUGGAUCUGACUCAGCGAAAAGCAGUGGUGGCUACGAGAGGGGAACUCUCGAGCGCACCGUUUUGAUGAUGCUUCAUGGAAGCGGCAGCCGUGAAUGGAUUUUCGACGGUUCGGAAGCAGCGUUUGCUGCUUGGAAAUGGCGAGUGGAGCACCGUUUAGCUAACAUGGGUCUCCAUCAUACACUAAUAAGAACACCAGAAGAAGAAAAUAGGCCAUGGAAAUGUUGGUGAAAACGUACCACAAAACGGGUACGGCUUCGAUGGUGUCGAUGAGAGAGCGGCUCUUCACCAUUAAACAUCGAAAUCUGAGUUCGUUAAGAAAAAUCUUCGAUGGGUACGACGAAAUCACUCGACAGCUGGACAGAAUGACCUCAGGUGUAGUAAAUGCUAAAAAUGGUGGGUGGGUAAUGUCAGAGACAUAACUGGAUGUCGUGAAUACGAAAACAACUGACAUGUUUCUUAACACUUCCGAAUAUCAAUUAGUUGAUCAAUUGUAUGAAUUAUGCAAGCAUUCCCCUUUUUCACAUUUUUCACAAAAACAAAGAAGGCUUCACUUGAUCUCGAUUACUGUGAAUUGCACACAGCGAAAAGUGCACAAAUCUAAUGAAACAGUUCUUGAUUUGCCCUAAACUGAGGAUUUUUACCUUCGAUUUGCGAAGAAGAAAUCCUAAUAGUUCUUUAGAAAACUUUUAGAGCCGUUAGAACGGCUGAUUUUGUGCAAUGCUCUCCACCGUUGUUUUUUUCAUCAAUGCAAACGACUAGCAGCUGUGACGUAAUCGCUCUUGUCGGAAGUGAAACUAGCUUUGCAAACGACACACAAUACAUUUGCUCGCAGUGGCGAUAGAAUCUAAACUGAUCCAAUUUUUGUUAAGAGGUUUCUUUUUCAGAAGGACCAAAUUGUGGAACUCACUACGAUAUUAAGCACUGUUCGGAACAUUUUCCUCGAAUGAUUUGUUAUACAGCAGCAAAUAUUUUGUUCUAUUCCUCAGAACGCGUUCUGAUUGGCUGGUGUUGAAAUGGGUCAAAUGACAGGUUUUUCAAUAUAACUUCAAUGCUUUUGCUAUACACGUUUAAGUUGAAAAAUUUCGAUUCUAUUGGUAGUUAGAUUAUAUAAAUCCUUUCACAGAUCACUGAGCUAUGAGCUUUGAAAAUACGACAAAGGCAAACGCGCCUUAUGAAUUAUCCUCUUUGAUUCUCGUUUUUACCAAACAUUUCAGAAAAGUUUAUUUGAGAUUAUGUCACACAACUGAAAAUUUUAUCAUAAAAUUGUGAUCAUAUUUCCGAUGGCAUGUAGAAAAAAUUAUGUUGAUUCGUUAGAUACAACAAGAGAUAUUCACGAUCAAAAACUUAUCACUCUCUCAGAGGAUAAAUUUUGAAAGUAAAGUAAGUAAAGUAGUAAAGUAAGUCGUAUUCACGACAAAAGCUGCAUGCUCUACUAAUCGCCAUUCCUGAAAAGUUCAAACAUGUUAAAGGUGCCUUACUCGUGCUUUCGAACGACGAGCUGUGUGCAAAGUCCAUAUCAGACGUCAAGCGAAUGUUUUUGAAUGCAGAAGCCGGGGAAAAGAAGCAGACAGAAAAGAAAAACAUUGCGCUUGCUUCUAGAUACGCCUCGAAACAGCAGACAACACGGUGCUUCGGAUGCAACGAAAUAGGGCAUUUCAAGAACAAGUGCCCACUGAUGAAAAAGUUUGUGUCCAAAGAGAAGGCAGAAUACUUGAAACAGAAGAAAGGCUUUGCAAUGAUCACAAGAGUAGACCACAAAAAGGUUAGAUUUAGUGAAGAUUCGGGAGCGAGCGAUCACGUGGUGAAUGACUACAGGUUGCUAGAAGACGUCGAAGAAUUAGCAAAACCAGUCGACAUCUUUACAGUCAAAUCAGAAGAGAAACUUCGGGCUACGAAGGUUGGCAAAAUGAAUUUAAAAAGCGUUGUAGGUAAAAAUGCAAUAAAUGAUUUAACAGUGUACAA